AUGUCAACAGCUUUAAUACCUUUCUUUCAACGAAGUGUUGCAGAAUUUGCUCCUACAUCAUUAUUAAAUGUGGGAUGUGUAAUUCGUCAAGAACAAAUUACACCUGAUAAUUCCGCUUAUAUUCAAACCACACAAGAAUUAGCAAAAAAUGGAAGUAAAAUAAUACUAUGGACAGAAGGUUCUGGUACCAUAACAAAUAAUUCAGAACUUGAAUAUGUAAUUUCAUCGAUAAAAAAUAUUUCUCGUACAUAUAGCGCAUAUGUAGGAGUUGCAUAUAUUUUUCUUGGUGAAUCAAAAGAAACUUCAUAUAAUAAAUUAACAGUUAUUUCAUCAUCAGGAGAAAUUGUAAUGGAUUAUCAAAAAUCACACUUGGUACCAUUUCUUGAGACUGUUAGAUUCAGUAGCGGAAAGGCUGAAUUACCAACUUAUAAUAGUGAAGAAUAUGGAGUUAUUGGAGGGGCGAUUUGUUUUGAUUUUAACUUUCCAGGAUUUAUUA